UUUUGCAAUAGUUGCAUAACUUUGUCAUUCAAUGUUGAAUAAUCAACGUUUUAUAAUCACAUCCCACCUUCAAAACCAAAAUUGUAUAAAACGCAAGUAGUUCUUCAUUUAAGCGACACAAAAUAAACAGUCAUCGACUGACAUCAGAACAACUGAGAGAAAAACCUGGGCACAACAAUGUACUGGGCUGGACUAAUUAUCUUUCUAUACCUUGGUCUGACAGAAAUUGGGAUAAGUGAUUCUAAACCAGCUCAAUGCAAUGAAGUAAAGGAAUGUUUCAACUAUGACCUUGUUUGUGAAACUUCAGAUUAUGAGGUUCGCCAUUACAAUGCUUCAAAAUGGGUUGCUACAAACACUACGUCCUUCUUAAUGGAAUUUGCCAUGUACUCAGGAUUCACAAGGCUCUUUCAGUACAUUCAGGGCAAAAAUGCAGAAGGCAAAAAUAUUGACAUGACAGCUCCAGUUCUGCUGAAGAUACCUCAAGAUAAACAUUUCUUAGAUAUCAAGACCUACACCAUCCAUUUUUUGUUGCCAGCUAGUAAUCAGCAGAAUCCACCAGCACCCAUUGACACUAAUGUUUACUUCAUUGAUUUCCCAGAUAUGUAUGCCUAUGUGAAAUCGUUUGGUGGUUGGUUAAUGACAUUGAAUUCAAAAUCCAAUGCCAAGAGUUUGAAACAGCAGCUGGAAAAUGCUGCCGAACAAUUUGAUUCCAGUUUUUAUUUUGGCGCUGGCUACAAUAGUCCAAAGACAUUAACUGGUCGACAUAAUGAAGUGUGGUAUAUUGCAGAAGGUACACCAAUCUGUCAAGCCCCAUGAUCUCAUCAAAAGGAAGCACCAAAAGAAUCUUCAAGGGACUUAUUUUCUGUCCAUAGUACAACUGAUAACUAUAAUCACAGCAUUUAGAUUUUAGCUUUGUAGAAAGUAAAACUAAAGUAUUAUUUGUCUAGCUUCAUAUCUAUGGUAUACUCUUUUUCCACUUAAAAAACACAAUGAUCAUUAAUAUAGUUUUAUGACUGGUCAAGGGGGCCACGAUAUAGAGCAUCCUCUCCUGAAACCGAACUUCAACAUAAAUUAAGCCAAGCUGAUGAAAAUCCUCAGUGGGAUUGCAGAGUCUGUAGAAUGACAAUGUUGAUGGUUUCAUUUGCAUCAAUGUUUUGUUAUUUCAGCAAAGCAUUACCCUACUGCAGAUAAUUGUUGGUAUUGAAUGAAUAGGAAUGGUAGAAAGAUAGAAAGAUUUGUAUCCACAUGGCAGCUGUGGAAUUUAAAUUUAGAUUAGAUUAGAUUAGAUUACUUUACAGUGUAGAAACAGGCCCUUCGGCCCAACAAGU